AUGGGGCUGUUUCUCGUCAUUGCUUUCAGACCGGCAAGCAUUUCUGCAAACAUCCCUGUCAUAUUUGAAGAUGAAAAUCUGGAGCUGAGGUGCGCCAUUCAGCAGGAAGAUGAGGAGCAGAGAGAGGAGCUGUUCAUGUACCUCUGCAAGGAUGCUGCCGGGAUCCGGAUGAAAAAGUUCACCGGCUCAACAGAGGUGGUUUUUGAUUUUCCCAACGUGACAAAGGAAGAUUCUGGAAUGUACACAUGUGUGUAUUCAAGACGGCAACAGAAAGUUUCCGAAGUAACUCCUUUCGGCAUGUGCAUUGUCAUCAGAGUCAAGGAUGUUCUCAUGGCCAGUGUUUUCAUAAGAAACCCUCUUGUAACGGAGGGAGAUACUGCAGACAUAAAGUGUUUGGUCCCUGGAAGAAAGCAGGGUCAGAAUACAUUUUAUGUGUACCUUUGCAAGAAUGGAGUGGGAGAGAACAUUGCUGCAGUGCAUAGAGGAAAUGAAGCUUUCUUUACUCUCACGCAAGUCAGAGUGGAAGACUCUGGAAAUUACAGUUGUCUGGCCUCAGCAAAACUACAUCCUUACCAAAGCAUCAGAUCCACCAAUGAAAACUCGAUGGCCCUGGAAGUCACAGAUUUUAGAAGCGGUGAAAUUUUUUCAAGACAGACAGAAGUAUUGGAAGGAUACACCAUUGAGUUGAGGUGUGCCAUUUCCCCAACCGCUGAAAUGCAGAGGGCCGAACUGCACGUGUAUCUCUCCAAGAAUGGCACUAUCAUCAGAAUGGAACUGGUCCAAAACUCGAAGGAUGUCGUCUUCAGGCUUCACAGUGUGAAGAAAGACGUCUCUGGAAACUACAGUUGUGCCUUUUCAGAGAAUCGAUCGCGCUCCAACAGAGUGGUUGUUGUCAGGGAAAAGUUCAUCACCAUCCAUUUGCGAGAUUUUUUCAUGGCCCAUGCCUUUAUCGCAAACCACUCCGCAGCUAAGGGAGACAGUGUGGACAUAAGGUGUUCUGUUCUCGAGAGGGACGUCCACCAGGCACCUGUGUACAUGCACCUUUGCAAGGAUGGAGCCGUAGUGAAAACGGAGAGCGUUCCCAUUACGAGUGGGGAGGCCUCCUUUACCUUCUCACAAGUCACAAGUGAGGACUCGGGGAACUACAGCUGCGUGUACACUACCAGGGACCACUUCAACAGCACAGGGCAAUGA